AUGGACGCGGUAAUUAAGUUGCGAGAGUACCUGGCCUCGUACGGUGUGUUCGAGUCAGAGCAAGAGACUCAGCACCGUUGUAAGGUGCUCGGCACCCUGCACCAGCUCGUGAGGCAGUACAAAACAAAGGCGCUGACAUUGACGCGCUGUGCGUUGCGACGGCACAUCGAGAGAAGGAGUAUUUCUCAGCACUUUAUACUAUUAAGAACAGGUCGAGGAAUUUAUUCCAAUGCGCUGGGCUACCUGGGCGGCGUGUCGUGGGCCAUGUUGGUCGCUCGUACAUGUCAGUUGUACCCCAACGCACUGCCUGCAACCUUAGUUCAUAAGUUCUUCUUAAUCUUCUGCCAGUGGAGAUGGCCACUACCAGUUCUGCUAAAGCGAGUCGAUCCCGUCAGACUUGGUUUCCCCGUUUGGGAUCCGCGAGUGAACUUAGCGGAUCGGUACCACUUGAUGCCCGUAAUCACUCCUGUUAACCCACAGCAGAACUCCACGUUCAACUACAAGUGCUACUUAGUACUGAUGGCCUCCUUCGUUAGCCCGGACAACCAGCUGCAGUGGAGUGGGCUCGUCGAAAGCAGGAUCCGACAUCUAAUCGCUACACUUGAGCAGAACACCUCUAUCGCACUCGCUCACGUGAACACCGAGUGCUUCAACUCUGCGCCCCUCAAUGCUAACCACUGGGCAGCCUCCAGCCAACUGCUGCUCAAUGACCGGUACGUGCGUCGCAAGCAGUUGAACCAGUACCUGCCGGCCUCCCUGCUGCGUCGCGAGCGCACCUCCCCCGAUACCAACAGCUCUUUAUCGACACCCUCACCCCCGCCCGUGCCCUCACCACCUCCUGUGUCCCUCGACGCAACCGAGCGACUCCCUGGGAGGAAACAAACUGGAACAAUUGUAUAUCUAGUCUUACCUAUAUUUACAUCACACAUAUCUUCUCUUAUACUCGAUCUUGCAGGUCCAUCAUUAGUGGCUGAAGAUAAAACAAUAGAAUUGAAACAAUCUAUGAUCGCUCUCGGAGCGUAUGAGUCGAAGUCAGAAGCAAAUCGUCGGGUGGAAGUGCUCGGUGCCCUACACCUACCGGUGCAGCAGUGGGUCAAGGAGCAAUCCUUAAAGAAGGGUCUGUCUGCUUAUGUGCCUCAUUCUGCAAUUGGAUACAUAUGUCCAUUUGGAUCCUAUAGGCUGCGAGUCCACCCAAGAUUUGCUAAAAUCGAAUUAUGCGUUGCUCCGCAACACAUACAAAGGAGUGACUUUUUCACUUCUUUGUACGAAUUGCUAAAGGGUCAUCCACAGGUGACGGAACUGCGAGCGUUAGAAAACGCUUUCGUUCCAGUCAUCAAGAUGACCUUUAGUGAAAUAAGGAUAAAACUCUUGUUUGCAAGUCUGGAUCUCCCUAAAAUUCCAGAUAAGACAAAACCUUUGCUAGCUAACCACGCCCGGUACGUGCGUCGCAAGCAGUUGAACCAAUACCUGCCGGCCUCCCUGCUGCGACGCGAGCGCACCUCCCCCGACACCAACAGCUCUUUAUCGACACCUUCACCCCCGCCCGUGCCCUCACCACCUCCUGUUUGUGUGAACCAACCUCAGUCUCCUGAGCCUUCUCUUGAGUCUUCCUUAAUAGUAGCACACCCACAGAGAAUAGUUGUUUCUUUGAACCUUCGGGACGAUGCGCUACUUCAACAAUUGAAACACAAGUGGGUGCGCUCUGUAUACUGCUACCGAGUCACGGAGAGCCGAGGUUGCGGGGUAAGCGCACUGAGGCACCGCGACCUCGGCCCAGAGCAGGAGAAGGAACAGGGAGGUCGCGGAGUAUUCUCCAACACACUUGGAUUCCUGGACGACGUGUCGUGGGCUAUGUUAGUGGCUUAUACGUGUCAGCUGUACCCUGACUCCCUACCGUCCACGCUGGUGGACGUUUCGCGCUUUUUUGAGUCGAUGCAAAUUGUAACCACAUUGGAUACAAUGUGGUUACAAUUUGCUGGGCUGGGCUUUUUGUGUCGCCACACACAAAAAGCCCAUAGUGCGUCGCAGCGCAAAAGGAGCUCAGCUUAA